AUGUUACACUCGCCACCCAGAGCCAACACUGUGCUUAAACCACCUUCCAAACAACAACCUCAACAGCAACCACAAAACAAGUAUCUCGCUGUCCAAAUUGCCGCAAAUGCACAAAAGAGAGAACAAGCUGUGUUGUUACCCGCAAAGAAUAACGAGGAAGAUCAUGACGAAGAGCAUGAGGAGGCUGAGAUUAGUAAUGAGGAGGAGGAAAAGCAAGAUUCAGGUGACUCACCUGUGCCAUGGUUUCCCCCUACAUUUUUCAGCCAAAACUUUCGACGAUGUAGCAUCACUUCUGAAAGUCAAGCCAUUGAUCUUGACUCUCCGUUGUUAGUGAUUGGAAAUUAUCAAGUGAACAGAGACUCUGAUUGCUUGGGACAAAAUUGGUAUUAUAAAAUCUACAAAGGGUACCAUAUUCAAACUGGAAAUUUCGUCGUCAUGAAGCACAUUUACAAUCAAGACAUAAUUCCAAAAUUGCGGAAUAGAAUUGAAGACUUGAGAGAAAAAAUUGCAGAGACUAGAAAUGAACAUCCUUACAUUGCUCACAUGUUUGCAAGUGUUACUUUACCUGUUAAAGAUAGCAAGGGUAAUGUGAAAGAAGGUGAAGAGUUUUAUGCCGUCGUUGAAGAAUUCUUGGAAAAUGGCUCCCUGUUCAUGCUUCGAAAUAAGGGAUAUAGACCAAGUGAAAAGGUCAUUGUCAUGUACAUUGAUCAAGUUCUUCAAGGAAUCUUGUAUUUACACAAUACCUUAAAGAUUGCACACUUGAACCUAUCUUCAAAAAACGUCAUGUUGUCAAAAUAUGGCCAAGUCAAGUUGGCCGACAUUGGAUUUAUCAUGACCAAGGAAGAAUACAUCAAGAACAAGCCCUGUCUGAAAUAUUGCUCACCGUUAAUGUUUCACAUGCACGAAGAUGAAUGGGAAAAACAAGCACUUGCAGAUAUUUGGAGCAUUGGAUGCUUGGUCAUUGAACUGUUUACAGGCAAGCCUCCCUUUAACGAAUACUCAUGGGAAGAUUUAUUUGCCUUAUUUCAAGAAGAGCACUUUCCAGUGGAGCUCAUUGAAAAAUAUUUUCCUCCUAACUGUUCAGAGUUGGCUUUGGAUUUCCUACGAUGCUGUUUUUACCAACAUGAUUAUUCAAGAUCUUACAUCAAAUCUCUAACGCAUCACCCUUGGAUUCUCAAGUACAAAGGACCAACGACACAACAUGCUCCUGUCGAACACAAUGUCGGUGGUGUUUCUGCCAAGUAUCUUUUUAUGGUUCAUGUUGGUAGUAGAAAGAAAAAGCUUUCUACAUCUGAAACGUUUAAAGAUAUCCAAUCAUUCGAGACCUUUAUUCACACUAAAUGUGAUAAUCUAAUUGCCAGCUUGAAACGAAAGAAAACUACCAGUCAAUUGGUGGUUAUUGAAAUUUUUGAUAAGGAAUGCAACGAAUUUGUAGAGUUUGAUGACUUGAGUCUCCUUGAGGAGGCUCCAUCCGUCAAUCAACUACGUGUUUCUUGCAUUUCAUUGCCAUCAACUCCAAAGAUUGAUCCGUUUAAAUCCAUACAAACAUCGAGAUAUGUUCCGUCUCCAACGAGCAGUAGCUUUACAUUCAAAUCUGAUAGCUUUUCCUACAAGACUGAUUCCAUAUCAGCCACAUCAGAAGAAAGUCUUUCACCCAACGACACUGGUGUUUUGCUUUGGAAUGGCAGAUAUUUACCUUUAAAGAAAAUUCAAAGUGGAGGUUUUUCAUCAGUGUACUUGUGUGAAGAUUGUGCCAAGUCACCCUCUUCAACCCAAAAAAGAGUAGCUCUCAAAGUUUGUUCAGUUGACAACUCUGGAGACAAAACCUUUUUGUCUAUCAAUGAAGCCAUGAGAGAGGCAUUCCAAAUGAUGAUGUUCAACCAUCCAAACAUUAUUAAGGUGUUAGAUGUAUUUCAACAACGGUUGAACCCAAUGUCUUCACCAACCGAUCUCUACUCACCUCAAAUGUUAUGUAUUGUUAUGCCGUAUUAUGAUGAAGGAGAUUUGACAACACUAAUUAGGUCGCCUCAACAACAACUCUCUCCUCGUAUCAUUUUGUCUAUUAUGCUUCAAGUGAUGGACGCUCUGUGUGAACUUCAUAAUAGAAACGUCAUUCACAGAGACGUCAAGCCACAGAACAUUCUGAUAGAAAAAAUAGAGAAGGACAACAAGGGAAACAUAACACGCGUUAAGGUAUUGUUGUGUGACUUUGGCCUCUCAAAAUCAUUAAUCGAAAGUAAGGCCUUUAGUGUAUCGGGAACCAUAAAUUACAUGUCACCAGAGGCUCAAUUAAAUCAAGGAUAUGGAGUCAAGACAGAUAUUUGGUCUUCAGGAGUUGUAUUGUACCAAUUGCUAUCCAACGAUGAAAGAACAAAUAUCUUUUUAGAAAUGAUACAACGAGGAGAAGAAACUGUUUUGAAUAGCCUUGAAGAACGUAUUCAGGAAAGAUACAAAACUCUACCAUCAUCGUCUCAAUCCCCUCUUCCCCAACUGCAGAAUCUUUUGCGAUCCAUGUUGAAAUUUUCUCAAAACGACAGAAUUAGUGCCAUGGAUGCUUUCAAUUAUUGCAAGGAAAGCAUGAAUUCGAUGAAAGGUAUUGUUGAGGAUGUUCAAUAA